AUGGUAUGCGGCGGUGCGGCCGCGCGGGGCGGGGCCGGCGGGUCGGGGCAGCUGCGGGCGGGCGCGGGGCGGGCCGGCGGGUCGGGGCAGCUGCGGGCAGCGCGAGGCGGGGCCGGCGGGUCGGGGCAGCUGCGGGGCGAGCGCUCAGGCGAGGCAGCUGCGGCGGCGCUGAGGCAGGGCAGCUGCGGCGGCGCGGGACGGGCAGCUGUGGGCAGGCGGGCGCGGGGUGGGGCUUGCUGCGGCGGCGCGGGACGGGGUGGGGUAGCUUCAGGCGAGCGGUUGGUGGAGGCGGCUCGUUGGGUUGACCAUCUGAUGUCAAUUCCAAGGCCAGGCCACGCCGCGCUAGUACUCGAAGUGCAAAUUGACGGGUUCACCAUCACCAAAGUAUUCAUGGAUGGAGGAAGUGGAUUAAAUCUCUUAUUCACAAGCACGAUGAAGGCGAUGGGUAUUACAGCCAAUAUGUUGCAGGAAUCUGAUACGGGCUUUCAUGGCAUUGUUCCGACCUUGCCAGCAUACCCUCUCGGCAAGCUCUCUUUGAAUGUCGUCUUCGGCAAACCCGAUAAUUUCAGGAGGGAAGGGCUCGAGUUUGAGGUAGUGAACUGGAAAUCACAGUACCAUGCUAUCUUUGGAAGACCAGCAUAA